AUGCAGCGAAUAAAAGCACAUUUUUAUAGCAAAUACCGGAUUCCAGGAAUAAUUGGCUGUGUUGAUGGCACGCAUAUUAAAAUUGUCGCUCAACAUUGGUAUUACAACAGGAAGGGAUUCUACAACAUUAAUGCUCUGAUUGUUUGUGAUCAUACAAUGAAAAUAACGUAUGUGAAUGCGAAAAAUCCAAGAGCUAUUCAUGAUUCUAUGGCUUUCAAUAUGUUACUAUUGAAAGCGCAUUUAAAGGAGCAACAUCUCAAUGGCCGUCCCAAUACUUUGUUCCUCGGUGAUGUUGGAUACGCUCUAAAACCAUAUUUAAUGACGCCGUUCAGAAACUUUGAGGAAGGGUCUCCACAAAGGACAUACAACAAACAACAUGCUAAAGCGAGAAGUAUCCUUGAGAGAACAAUUGGAGUCUUGAAAACCCGAUUUAUUGUUGCAGUGUUCAACUUCCGGAUGAAGAGUUAUCCAAUGAGACCCUCAGCGAUGAUGCUGGAGAUAUUGAAGUGGAGUCAAAUAACGGAGAAACAGAAAACAUAAGAAAUGAAAUUCUUAGAAUAUUAUGGGAAAAACUAAAAAGUAUUAAAUAAAAACCUUUACGCCAUAGUUUCUUUUUUAUUUUUGUUAUAAAUUUCCUUUAUUCAAAUAUUCGUCAUUCGUCAGCCCAUACCUGCCAAGGGAAUAUAAAAAUGUAUUUCUACAAACAUCCCAAAAAAACCAUUCCGUUCUAACUGGUGGUCCCAAGGAAUUCAGCUCCGUUGUAAACUCCUCCCAUUUUUCGCUGCUUGAACUUUUGUGCAAAUCCCUUUUACGAAUUGUGGAUUCUCUUCCAUUAAUGCAACCAGCCUUUCUAAUUGCUGUUUGGUAUUCACGACUUUCGACCUACAUAAAAUUGACAAAAUUAGUACAUGUUUAUUAUUUGGUUACUAUAAAACAAUAAAUAAUCGCAAACAGCUUACAUUUUAACAAA